CUGAGCCCUCACGCCCUCCCCGCUGCCCCCGGUCACCUCCGGUGCCCGAGCGGAGCCGGAGCGGGACUUCAAGGUGGGGCCCCGGCGGGGACGGGGGUGUCCCGCGGCGGAAGGCUGUGGGUACGGUGCAUCUGAUUGCCUGCUGGAAGCACUUCAAAGUCUACACAAUGAGCUCGAUGUUGAUGUUAUUUUUUGGUGGAAUCCUCAUCUGUUGUGCUCGCUCAGCUGGUGACUCGGUACCCAGGUUGCUCCUUGUGUCCUUUGAUGGCUUCAGGGCCGAUUACUUGGAAACCUACGAACUUCCUCAUCUCCAGGAAUUCAUUGAGGAUGGUGUGCUUGUAAAAGAAGUCAUGAAUGCUUUUAUCACCAAGACCUUCCCAAACCAUUACACCAUAGUGACAGGUUUGUACGAAGAAAGCCAUGGCAUUGUGGCUAAUGACAUGUAUGAUGCAGAUGCCAAGAAAAAAUUUUCACAGUUCAAUGAUUCAGAUCCCUUCUGGUGGGACGAGGCAGUUCCAAUCUGGGUAACAAAUGAACAGCAAGGAAAUGGAGCAAGUGCUGCUGCAAUGUGGCCCGGUAGUGAUGUAAAAAUCAACAACACGACCCCUCAUUUCUUCAUGAAGUACAACUUCUCAGUGACGUUUGAGGAGAGAGUGGAGAGAAUUGUUUCGUGGCUGAACAGCUCUGACCCAGUGGUCAAUUUCGCUGUGCUCUACUGGGAAGAACCGGAUGCAAGCGGGCACAAGUACGGCCCCAACAACACCCAGAACAUGCGCAGAGUGUUGGAAGAAGUGGAUAAACAUGUUGGCUUCCUUAUGAACAAACUGAAGGCAUCGGGGCUGUGGGACACUGUUAAUGUCAUAAUAACAAGUGACCAUGGAAUGGCCUCCUGCUCUGCAGAGAAGCUGAUUGUCCUGGAUAAAUGCCUUGGGCGCAAUAACUACACCUUGAUAGACAAGACUCCGGUUGCUGCAGUGCUGCCAAGGCAGAACAAAGAAGUUGUGUAUAACUUACUCAAAAAUUGCAACAGUCACAUGAAGGUUUAUCUGAAAGAAGAAAUUCCAGACAGAUUCCAUUAUCGCCAUCACAAGAGAAUCCAGCCCAUAAUUCUGGUUGCAGAUGAAGGCUGGACAAUUGUACAGAAUGAGUCCCUUUCCAAGUUGGGGGACCAUGGCUAUGACAACGCCCUGCCCAGCAUGCACCCGUUCCUGGCCGCGCGCGGUCCCGCCUUCCGGCGCGGCCGCCGCCUCAGCACCAUGGCCAACGUGGACAUCUACCCCAUGAUGUGCCACGUCCUUGGGCUGGCCCCGCGGCCACACAACGGCACCUUCGCCAACACCAAGUGCCUGCUGGCUGACCAGUGGUGCAUCAGUGUCCCCGAGGCCAUUGGGGUCGUCAUCGGGGUUUUCAUGGUCCUGAGCACUUUGACCUGCAUCGUCAUCAUCAUCUCCAAGAACAGAGUGGCUCCCUCCCGGCCCUUUGCCCGGCUCCAGUUACAGAGUGAUGACGAUGAUCCUUUGAUUGGAUAGCACGGAGGGAGCCAAGCCUCGCUUCCUACGUUGUGAUUUCAGGAAAACAGUUUCCAUUUGCACUGGAUGGCAUUCUUUGUUCGAUGCACUUUAUAUGUGUGAAAUACUGUACAGCCAGACCCUGCUGAUCUGUGUGACUAGUGUCCUAUAAAAAUAUUUUUGUAAACAAACAGUGAACAGUUGGCUUUUUACUGGAAGAGAUGCUUAACAAAAUAAUGCUGCUUAGUCUUUUGUUCAAGCCUCUGAACACUUUCAGAAUGAGACUCCAGAAUGUGACUAGCCAGGAUAGACAAAGUGAAUUUUAAAAUUUGUAAAUGGUAAUUGCUUUUUUGUAUUAAAUUAAUAUUGACUACUUUUAGUGUUCUUGCACCUGUGUUGGAAAGAAGAACUUUAUUGAGAGUUAGGAGUUAUUUUUGUUUCAAGAGUGUAUUCUGAUAUGCCCUUAAAUUUGGGGUAAGAGAAAGUCCAAGACCUUUAUUUCUACCCUAAGUCAGCAAUGUAACAAGAAAUUUCAGAGAAAGAAAAUAGAAGUCAGUGAUGAAAUAACAGGUGCAUAUCUCUUCUAUGGUUCAACACUUACAAGCCUGGGCAGGUGGCUCUGACAUUUCUGGAUAUGUGUCUCUGGAUGACUUAGAUCCACAGGUCCAGUUGGGAUGGCACUACUGCCUUAUCUCAAGGAAGUAAUUUUAACCUGGGAGUCUUUGAAUUACCCAGUUUUAUCAGCUGUAGGUGUAAAAUCACUGCUCUUAAACCCUGCGGUAAAUUUUUCAGGAGUAAAUUCCACUGAAGGUGUUUUUGCGAUAAAGGUGGUUCUGCCCUGUGUACCAGUUCAUAAUUGUCUCUUGAAGGCUGUUGUACUAAAAAGCAACAAUUGAAAGUUUGAUGUGCAAGUCAUCAAUCGAGGAUUCCAAACUCAUAUUUCAAACCCUGGAAGUUUAAAGGAAUAAGUUAGCAGGUCUUAUCUCAAAAAAUAAAUUCUCUAUAAUGUUUGAGGUACAGAGAUGCAGAUUCCUGAUGAAGACGAGAGCUAACUGUUCUCUUAAUUGAAACUCUUGAUUUUUGCUACUUGUCAUCUAGUAACUUGCUGUUAAAAAUAUAGUUUGAUUGAGAAAGCCUUAAAUGGUACUUUAUCUUCCAGUGAGAUUAAAUUGUUAUUGCUAACCCAAAAAGAGAACUACAGUUACCAAGUCCUUUUCCUACAAAUCUGGUGGCUUUAAAAAAUAAAGUGAUGUUGCUACCUGGUAGUAAUGGGGCUUCUCUUUCACGACUUCAAAUUCAUUGCAAUUUGGUGUUGGCCGCAGCCUUUUUUAGUGAUCCAACAGUGAGAUAGCAGGAACUUUGGAGGGAAGGGGUUACAUUGAACUGGAAAAAAAUAAACUUGAGCUUUACAAAUGUGUGUCUUCCUCUCUAGGGACUCCAUUGUACUUGAUUAAAAACACAGUCCAACACCUAACCAGUUCUGCUUUUUGGUUUUUUUUCCAAACUACUAACUAUACUUACUAAUGCUUUACUCUGAAUUCAUCUCAUGAAAGAGUUCAGAUUAAUUGAAAGAGGCUCAGGCCCCUUGAAAAAUCUCUGCUGUUACUAACAGGGUACUGGAUUUUAACCUGUUGAUAUUCUAGAGCAGUAGCUGGACUGAACACAGGAACACUUCCUCAUCCUCCCAUAUUUACAUUAAUUAAUUACAUGUACCAAGAGGUCAGGUUAAUGAGUAACUGCAAAACGAAUGUGUUGCAGGGUAGAACCUAGGCUUAGAUCUGCUGUAAAAGAGAGGAUGCUGGAGAGUUUGGUUAGGUUCUGGCAAAUUCUGCUAAUCCAGAGUGGGAUCCUCAGAGCAUCAGUCAGAGAAUUACUAGAGAUGCUUUGCAUCAUCUGGGUUUGCAAAGGCUUGACUGAGUUUACUUUUCUGGAAGAUAAUCUAUCCUCUACCUGUGAGUUUUGGGGAUUUUUCUAGAAGUUAAAACUGAUUAGGACAGUGUUUUCUUCACUCAGUUCCUUCCCCCCAGCAGCUGUCACACAGUGUGUGGUCAAUGUGCUCUCAGUUCCUCUGUGCAUCCCCUUCCAGGCAGGCAACAAAGGUACCAGCAAGGCUUUGGUGACCAGAACUGUAAAUGCUGUCUGAAGCACGGUGGCAGAACUCUGAUCUGAAACUGGAAUGUUGCUACAGCUGUGGAGAUCAAGGUCUAAAUGCAGUUCCCCUCCUCACUCUGAGCAGCCCUCUCUGAUGAGAACUGCUACAGGCGCUGAGCUGCUGUGAUACCAGCGUGUGGCUGUGUCUGGUGGAAGUCCUUAUCACCCUCUGUUCCUCCUCCCUUUAGCAUGAAGAUGAGACAGCUACUGUGGAAAGACUUUUAAGGAGGACAUUGAAAUGUUGAGUCAGAUAAACUAUGUUACAGUUGUACUGCCGAUUAUUUUCAUAUCCAAAGAUGUGGUGUGGUCUGUAACUGUGCUGAGUGUUCUUCCUGGAAAAAAGGGUUUCACACUAGCUCUUGUACAUCCAGUUUUGUACAGAUUAUGUACAAAUCAAGACAAUCUAGAAAAAACAUCUUCCUGUUUUUAAGAUAUGCAGUUGAUUUAUUUAAGGAUGAUUAUUUUUAACAAUAGAACCUUAAACAUGACAAAACAUUUCCACUGCUUCA